AUGACCAGCGACGGAAUCUGUGGAUACAGACGUGUGGAUACAGACGUGUGGAUACAGACGUGUGGAUACAGACGUGUGGAUACAGACGUGUGGAUACAGACAUUGUGGUGUGUGGUGUGUGGUGUUGUGUGGUGGUGGUGUGUGGUGGUGUGUGGUGUGUUGGUGUGGUGGUGUGGUGGUGUGUGGUGGUGUGUGUGGUGUGGUGUUGGUGGUGUGUGUGGUGUGGUGGUGUUGGUGUGGUGUGUGGUGUGGUGUGUGGUGGUGUGGUGUUGUGUGGUGUGUGGUGGUGGUGUUGUGGUGUGGUGGUGUGUGGUGUGGUGUGGUGUGUGGUGUGUGGUGGUGUGUGUUGUGGUGUGGUGUGUGUGUGGUGUUGUGUGGUGGUGGUGUGGUGUGUGGUGUGUGGUGGUGUUGUGGUGUGGUGUGGUGUUGUGGUGUGGUGUGGUGGUGGUGGUGGUGUUGUGGUGUGUGGUGUGUGUGGUGGUGUUGGGUGGUGUGUGUGGUGUGGUGUGUGUGGUGUUGGUGGUGUGGUGUGGUUGGUGUGGUGUGGUGUUGGUGGUGUUGGUGUGGUUGGUGUGUGGUGGUGUGGUGUGUGGUGUGGUGUGUGAUGGUGUGUGA